AUGGGGUUUGUUUCAGUUCAAAUGUUUAAUAAUUAUUUAAAUUCAAAUAAAUCACAAGUAGAAAAUGAACUUAAAUAUCAUAAUGAUCAACAACAACAACAACAACAACAAUUACCUCCACAACCACCUUUAACUUUAAAUCAUUCAUCAUCUUAUAAUAGUACUCAUAGUCAUAAUUCUGCUAGUCAUAUUAAUCAUAAUCAUCAACCACUAGCACCACCUUCACAGUUGAAUCAUAUGCAACAUUCACUGUUAAGUCAACAACUACCUUUAAAUUUAUUACAAUUACAACAAAUGGAACAUUUACAACAGAAUCCUCAUCAUAUGUUACCAUCACCUUUAUCUCAUAAUCAAACUAUAUCACAACUAUCAUCAUCACAUCCUCAGCCUCAACCUCUAUCUCAACCACCUCAAUUACCACCACAAGCACCUAAUAUACCUAUAUUAAAAUCAUCUUUUGAUAUGAGAAAAUCAAAAAGUGGUAAUGAUGGAAUUGUAGAUAAAACUUGUCAAUUUUGUGAUAAACAAUUUAGUCAAAAGGGUUCAUUGUUGAGACAUUUAGAUACAAGAAAAGGUGAUUCAUUACAUCCAAUUGAUAAAAUUGAUUUAAUAAGGAAUAAUUCUAUUAGAAGAAGAAGUGUUGAUAUAACUCCCAUCACAGACUUUAAUAAAAUUCCAAUAACAAGAAAAAGAAGAGCAUCUAAAAAAAGUAUGGCAAGAUCUCAAAUGUCAAGUGAUUCAGCAAGUGGACAAAAGGAGAAAAGUAAAUUAAGAAGAAAGUUAAGAGAUAGGAGAAUUAAAGCUAAAUUAAUAAGUAAUGAAUGGAUGAUUGAUAAAUUUACAAAACAAGUAAUGCCAGAUAUAAAACAACAACCAAUAACUCCUUCAACUUUUUGUUAUUUUGUUGCAUUUUAUGUACCUAUAAAAAGUUGGCCAUUAUUAUCAACUGGUUAUCCAACAACUUCUUUAUAUGAAGAAGUUAUAAGUCAAAUAAAUGAUCAAGAAGUUUUAGUAAAUAUUUUCAAUCAAAGUUUACAAUCAUAUGAACAACUAGGUGUAGAAGAUAAAAGAAGAAUAUGGUUAGAACAAAUUCAAUAUUGUUUAAAUUCAUCAAUAAAUGAAAUAAAUUUAACAACAUUAAAUAACAUAAAAUCAAUUGUUGAGAAAAAAGAACAAAAUAUAUUUGAAGAAAUUUGUACAAAUGAUAAUUUAGCAUCUUUUGUUGAUAUUGAAGAAACUCAUACGUUAGAAGAAGAAGAUGAUGAAGAUGAUGAUCAGUCAUCUUCUCAACCUGUAACAAGAUCAAAUAGUUUACCUCAAAAUAUUUAUUUACCUCAUUUACCAAAUCAAGACUUUAAUUUCAAUUCUCAAUUUUAUUAG